UUGACAGAAGUUUAGUGAACUCAAAGGAAAUCCCUUUUUUGGGUAAACAAAAUUUUGUUUCCCAACCAAAACUAGAAAUUGGUUAAUAAAUAAGUCCCAAAAAGUGCACUUCUUUUAAACCUAAGUCGUCUUAAAAAGGUGACCUUGUAGUGAGUUGAAUGCUGAAUAUCGAACGGUGAAUCAUCACAUCACAUCACCUACUGUAUUUACGCAUAGACAGGUUCAAGAGACCAGCUACCAUGGAGUGGCUGUUCGGGCACCGUAUGACGCCGGAAGAGAUGCUGCGCAAGAACCAGCGCGCGCUGAACAAGGCGGUGCGUGACCUGGAGCGCGAGCGGAUGAAGAUGGAACAGCAGGAGAAGAAACUCAUUAACGAUAUUAAGAAGCUGGCUAAAGAGGGACAGAUGGAUGCAGUAAAAAUAAUGGCCAAAGACCUGGUGCGCACACGUCGCUACGUCCGCAAGUUCAUGCUGAUGAAGGCCAACAUCCAGGCGGUGGGGCUCAAGAUCCAGACCCUCAAGUCACAGAGCACCAUGGCGCAGGCCAUGCGGGGCGUCACGCGCGCCAUGGCCACUAUGAACCGCCAGCUUAACAUGCCACAGAUACAGAAGAUACUGCAGGAGUUUGAGAAGCAGUCGGAGAUUAUGGACAUGAAGGAGGAGAUGAUGAAUGACUCCAUUGAUGAGGCGAUGGAGGGUGAUGAAGACGAGGAGGAAAGUGACGCGGUGGUGGGGCAGAUCCUGGAUGAGUUGGGGUUGCAGCUCAACGACACGCUGUCGGGUCUGCCACAAGCUACGGGAUCUCUUUCAAUAUCAGCGAAAACCCCCUUGGCGCCGCAAGCGGUGGCGGGGGGCUCGGGCGCGGGGGGCGGGGGCGGCGCGGGGGCGCCCGACGCCGACGCCGAGCUGCAGGCGCGCCUCGACAACCUGCGCCGCGAGUAGCGCCGUCUACACUGUGGUAUAACACACAUGGCAAAUAUACGACAGGUAUAAAGGAGAAAAUAAAAAGUGUCAAUAUUCAACAUACAGUGUGUUACCACCAUACCUCUGCCACACACUCGACGAGCGGCGUGGGAAGUAGGCAGAGGCAUAGUGUGCCGCGCUACUCGUCAUGCUCCUCGUCAUGCCCACCGCUCCCUAUUCUGUCGGUUUUUUAACGCGAGUCGGCGGGCCGUCAACAACCUAGUGCGAUAAUCGCGCGAGUAGGGCAGUGUGUGGCGGGAGAAGGCAACAUCGCAGCAGCGCGAGGGGCAUAGUGUGGCAGAGGUAUCAGACAUUUGUUAAAACUGAUCACCGUUAGCGAUCGUUAGCAUAUAUUAGCAAAUCAUAUUUAUUUAAAUUAAAUUCAAAAUCAAUUUUAUGAAAUCGCCGCAUUCAAUGUUCCGCGUGCACGUCGUAAUUGUCAUUACAUCGCAAAUGAAUACUUAUGAGCUGUGUGUGUGUGUGUGUGAUUGCCCUUACCUGAUAAAUAAGUGUGUUGUAAAUUGCUGGAAAUAACAAUUUUGUUAGAAUGUUUAUACAGUCUUUUUUAAUUUAUUAAUUAGAUCAUGAUUAAGUCAAAUAACUACGUUAAAUUACGCUCCUUUAAAAAAACUUAUUUGCUGAUAGUGGUAACACACUGUAUAUGUAUUGAUUUAUGUGAUGGCCGUAUUAAUGCGCUAGCAACACUCAGCAGUUGACGACAAAUAAUUCAAAGAUUGAUAAACCAUAAACCAAAACAUUAAAGGUGUUGAUAUUACAGGAUUGGCAUUUUUUAAUUUUUUAUACUUGUUUCUCAGACUGUGGCACAUACAAACUGUAAGUCGUUUCGCAAAAAUUGGCAUAAAUAGCAGUGGCGGGGCGUGAAAAUUUUCGUUGGUAAAGCCGGAGGGGUUUUUGGAAUCUGUUUUGUAUGGACUUCUACAGAUACUAGAGAAUUUUAGGGAACCCGUUGGGAAUCGAGUUGUAUUGACGCUCCGCCACUGAUAAAUAGUAUAAACGAAUGACAAAUCCAUACUAAUAUUAUAAAUGGGAAAGUAUGUUCGUCUGUUUGUUUGUCCGUCUUUCACGGCAAAACGUAGCGAAGAAUUAACAUGAUUUUUUAAGUGGAUAUAGUUGAAGCGAUGGAGAGUGACAUAGGCUACUUUUUGUCUCUUUCUAACGCGAGUGAAGCCGCGGGCAAAAGCUGGUAUAUUAUAUUUAUACUAUAAAACUAUCAAAAGCCUCAAUUUUAUUGAUUAAUUUAUAUGAUAAUCACAGAUAUUUUCAUUCACUCAAUAAUCCUAUUUGUGCCAAUUUAGUGUUUUAAAAAUCGCUUUAGCUUCACACCAAUUGUACUGAUAUAUUGUAGGAUCAAUCUAAUCUUUCAUUUUAAUCUUUAAAAAAAAUGUUAGCAAGAAAAAAGCUAAGCGAACAAAAUAAAAAAAUACAUGAACUACUAUUUCUUGAUCUGAUUAUUUUGUUUAUCCCAUAAAUAAAGAGUUCCAAAAAGUCAGGGGUUUCCAAGCUAAAGCCAGCGCAGCGGCUACAUUAUACCGCUAAUUUGGCCCAAAACAGGAUCUAAAUUCUACGCCCAAGACACUGGAAACUAACAAAAGAUUGUCGCUCCCGUGUAAAUAAGAGAGACGAGACGAUACCACGAGCGAGUUAUCAGGGGCGGCUCACUCCGCUAUUCUGUCGCGCUACAAGCCGGUCUCCAUCCUUACUUGGUGGAUAUUCCACGAAUCCGCACGAAGCGCUUUAC